AGCAGUUCCAGCAAGGCAAUGAUGUUCCGCUCCGUGAUCCCAGUGCUCCUGUUCCUGUUCCCGCUCCUGCUAUCCGCCCAGGCCGCAAACUCGCUGCGGGCUUGUGGCCCAGCAUUGAUGGACAUGCUGAGGGUGGCCUGCCCCAACGGAUUCAAUUCGAUGUUCGCCAAACGAGGCACCUUGGGCCUAUUCGAUUAUGAGGACCACUUGGCGGAUCUGGAUAGCUCCGAAUCUCACCACAUGAACUCACUGUCGAGCAUUCGGCGCGAUUUUCGCGGCGUUGUCGACUCCUGUUGCCGCAAAUCGUGUUCCUUGUCCACGUUGAGGACAUACUGCGACUCCUAAAAAUGCUGCGAUACCUGUGCCAUCAGUUCACAUACAUAAUUAUAUGCGACAUGUUACGUAAAAGUAUUAAGUAUAAACUAUAUGCACGGCUUUGAGACAUAAAAGUAAAAUAAACAAGCGCAAUUCGAAAU